GGUUUGAGCGCAGUCGCUGUCCCCACCGUGAGCCGGGGCGCGAAGGGUUAACGUACCUGGGCCGCCGCCCCUGCGGCCCCUCCUCCAGCCUCCGGGAAAAGAAAGUCUCAGCGGGGGCCCGGCCUGGCCCUGUCCCGCCGUCCCCAGCCGCGGCGGCCAGAGCUGUGAUCCGUGUGCGCCGCUCAACCGCCCUGGACCGGGCCGCCAUGUCUCUGUGGAAGAAAACCCUCUACAAGAGUGUGUGCCUGGCUCUGGCCCUCCUUGUGGCUAUCACCGUAUUCCAGCGCAGUGUGACUCCUGGCCAAUUUCUGCAGGAUCCUCUACCGCCUACGCUGGGGCCACCCAAAACUGGAAAUGUGAUCAAUUCCAACAGCUUCUGGAAGAGUUCAAAGGAUGUAGCGGCUCCCACCCCCAUAGCCCCUCGGGGACCCCAGGCCUGGGAUGUGAUUAGCACGAAUUGUUCUGUUAACAUCAACCUGACCCAUCAGCCCUGGUUCCAUACUCUUGAGCCACAUUUCCAGCAGUUUCUAUCCUAUCGCCAUUGCCGCUAUUUUCCCAUGUUGCUGAACCACCCAGAGAAGUGUGAAGGUGACAUCUAUCUGCUGGUGGUCGUCAAGUCAAUCAUAACCCAGCAUGAUCGCCGAGAGGUCAUCCGACAGACCUGGGGACACGAGUGGGAGUCAGCAGGGCAGGGCAGGGGUGCUGUGCGCACCCUCUUCCUGCUGGGCACAGCCUCCAAGCAAGAGGAGCGGACCCACUAUCAGCAGCUGCUGGCCUAUGAGGACCGUCUCUAUGGUGACAUCCUACAGUGGGACUUCCUUGACAGCUUCUUCAACCUGACCCUCAAGGAAAUCCAUUUCCUUAAGUGGCUUGACAUUUAUUGCCCCAAUGUCCCCUUCAUCUUCAAAGGUGAUGAUGAUGUGUUUGUCAACCCUACCAACCUGCUUGAGUUUCUGUCUGACAGGCAGCCCCAGGAGAACCUAUUUGUAGGCGAUGUCCUGAAGCACGCUCGGCCCAUCCGCAGAAAAGAGAACAAAUACUACAUCCCCACCGUCAUGUACAGCAAGUCCACCUACCCGCCCUAUGCUGGAGGUGGGGGUUUUCUCAUGUCCGGUAGCCUAGCUCGGCAUCUCCACCAUGCAUGUGACACACUGGAGCUCUUUCCUAUUGAUGACGUUUUCCUGGGCAUGUGCUUGGAGGUGUUGGGGGUGCAGCCCACAGGCCACGAGGGCUUCAAGACCUUUGGCAUCUCUCGGGUCCGAGGCAGCCGCAUGAACAAGGAACCCUGCUUCUACCGUGCCAUGCUGGUGGUACACAAGCUGCUGCCUGCUGAGCUGCUGGCCAUGUGGGAUCUGGUGCACAGCAAUCUCACCUGUUCCCUCAAGUUCCAGGUGCUCUAAUGUUGCUGGGCCAGCAACAUGUUUGCCCUCAAGUCUUGGGGUCCUGGGGCCGGAGCUACGGUGCAUGGCGUAGUCUUUGGUCCCAUGUGGGAGGUGAAGGGUCUGGGCCUUCUGUGCCCCUGGGUGUGGUGUGGUACAGACAGCCAGAGAGGAACUCCCAGCAAUUCCCAGAAAGUGAGGCCCGGCUGGAACUUCCCUGACUGAAGGUCAUCUGAGGACCUGGAUCCUCCUAGCCUAGGCCUGUAGCCUGGCCUUUCUAUCCUGAUAAGGGACCCCGGUGGUCUCUGCAGGAACUUCUGCUCAGGUACCUGGGCUAGGCCUGGCCCCAGUGGGACUGUGGCUGUCUCCUGUCAUCACAGGAGAGUCCCUUUCUGUGAAAUGCCUCUGGCUCCCUGAAGGCCAGGCAGCCAUUGUGGGAGCUCAGCCCUGUGCGGGUCCACAGGUGUCCCCUCGUCCACACCCCUGGAUCUCCCAAAAGUCAAGCCCCAUAGGCUUUCAGUACAACCCCAGGCUUCCCUAGAGUCUGCUGCAAAGGCAGCCUCCUGGCUCUGUGCGCUUGUCCAGAAGCCUGACCGGCCACUCGACUACCUCAGCACCCCUCUAAACCUCACUGUGGGCACAGCCCCACCCUGCAUCCCGACACAGGGCAAAAGAGCUGUGCUCCUGCCCCCCCCAGGCACAGCAAUACCUGACUACAGCCCAAGCCAGGCUUCACCCUCGCAGCUCACCCACACUGACACCCUGGCCAGAAACGGGCCCGUUUGGCCCCAGAUGUUGAUAUUCUUCUAUUACUGUGAAGUUUUAUUUAUGAAAAAUUGGAAGGUGACAACUCCAGGCCUUGGGAGGUGGUACCCUCCUCCUCUCUCUACACUCCCCUUCGGCAGCCCUGUCCACCAUCUAGCACCUUUACCUUUCAGCCCCACUCUGAGCUCUCCCUCCUCCGGGGCCUACACAGACGAUUUCCCCUGUGAAAGAAUGCCACCUCCCACCUCGCUCAGACUGGGGUCACCCGGGAAAGAUGGACAUCAUUAGUUUCUCAAUAAAACUGGACUGGUUGCUGA